AUGUUCUGUAUGAAGGGAUUCCACCUCCCACCACUGACUGGAUCAGGAAUGGGUACCUUACCCAAAUGUAGACCAUCCAUUGGCCUUCCCAGUGAUCUCUCACCAGCCCGACAGAGUACCUUCCAGCAAAACAGCGACAUUUUUCGAGCUCCAGCGCAGGCUACACGCCGCAGCUGGAUCCGCACUUGCGCAGUCAGCCUCUCCGGUGGCCGCUCAGCCCCGCCACUCAAGAGAUGCCGGGAUUUCCUGAAAGGCGCCGGGCUUAGCGACGCUCACGCGCGGGCUACGGCCGCGCAGUCUGCGAAGUGCUGUUGGGCCCGGCAGGUGCUGGAAGGCUGGGGUCGUGGACCCCCGCCAGGUGUCAGCAGCACGGAGGUGCAGGGUGUCGCCGAGGGCGCGGGGCCGGGCGGCGCGCUCCGCCCCGGGGCCCCCGCCCCUGCUGCAGGCCAGGCCCUGGCUCCAGCCCCCGUCCCGGCCCCCGCCUCGCAGUUCACCCUUUUGGUGAUGCGCCCCUGUGGAGGGCAGGACGAGGCUGCGGCCGAGGGCAUCCUGAGGCAGGCUCCGGCCCUGGCGGGCAGCGCCGGGGCGGGCAAGCCUGUUAGGUACCUGUGUGAAGUGGCGGGGGAUGGCGAGGAGGAGGCGGGGGAGGACGAAGCCGACCUGCUGGACACUUCGGACCCCCCGGGGGGAGGCGAGAGCACGGCUAGUUUGGAGGAUCUGGAGGACGAGGAGACCCACUCCGGGGGCGAGGGCGGCAGCGGGGGAGCCCGGAGACGGGGCAGCGGCGGGGGCAGCAUGAGCAAGACCUGCACCUACGAGGGCUGCAGCGAGACCACGAGCCAGGUGGCCAAGCAGCGCAAGCCAUGGAUGUGCAAGAAACACCGCAACAAGAUGUACAAGGACAAGUACAAAAAGAAGAAAAGCGACCAGGCCCUGAACUGCGGUGGGGCCGCCCCAGCUGGCAGCACGGGACACGUCAAACAGGAGGAAAGUGCAGACAACAUACUCUCUGUUGUUAAACAAAGAACGGGAUCUUUUGGGGAUCGUCCUGCAAGACCUACUCUUUUAGAACAAGUGUUGAAUCAAAAAAGACUGUCAUUACUAAGGAGUCCAGAAGUGGUGCAGUUUUUACAGCAACAGCAACAACUAUUAAAUCAGCAAGUUUUGGAGCAAAGACAGCAGCAGUUUCCAGGAACAUCAGUGUGAGGGAAUUUAUCAAGAAGAUCGACAUGCUUUUUAUCUUAUUAUAGUAGAUGAACAUAUUUUUAUGCUAAAAAUAAAUGGGGUAAGAUAUGCUAAUACAACAAAAACAUUUUCCUGUAAAUGUACGUGUGCAUUUGGGGAUAAAUAAGUAUUGCACUUUGUGCAUAUAAUCUUCUCAGAUUACCAUGAAUUUGAAGAAAUCAGCUUAUCUUCCCAAAAUACCGUUUAAUUACAAUGUUUUUUAAACAAAAUGUUCCUCUUCAGGCAUUGUUACUGAAGUUAAUGAAGCAGUUACUUUCUGUGGAAGUCACGAAGUUAAUAGAUACUAAUCUCGGAUCAUCUAGCUUAGUGGUUCUCAUCCAGGGGCAGGUGGAACUCUGUGGUAUGUUUUUUGAUUGUCAUAGUGACCUUGAAAAUGGCUGGGUUUUAGUGAAUGGGUCAGGAAUGCUAAACGUUCUGCAGUGUCUGGAAUGGUACCACACAACUAAGAAUUGUCUCACAAUGCCAAUAAUACUCCACUUAAGAAACACUGAUAGCUACUUGUAAUGAUGAAGUGUAGUUGGGCACCCAGAAUUGGGUUCUCAUAAUAACCUUUUCUUUGCAGUUAAGACUGGAGCUGUCAAAGAGGUAAGCAUAUUUUAUAUGUAUAAGGAAAGGGAUCGUUGUUAAAUAUCUGAAAUUAGGAUGCGCAUCUCUUUUUAGAGAUGUGCUGGUAAAACCUGAGAGAGGGACUAAGUACACUGGAGUGAAGGCAUCUCCUGAGAUUGGCUUCCCUACUUCUUGUUACCUAUUAGUGUUGAUCUCUUUUAAAGCAGACACUCUUAUGUGUUGAAUUUGUGAACACUGUAGAUAUAUCUCAUCCCACCAAUGCCAGGACAAAAUUACUUUUUUUAUGCUCAUUUCUGUUUCAAAAAGAGAUCCUGAAAAUAAGAAUAACACCUCAGGGGCCGGCCAGUGGCAUAGUGGUUAAGUUCUCGUGCUCUGCUUCAGCGCCGUGGGGUUCACAGGUUCGGAUCCCAGGGGCAGACCUGGAACCACUUGUCAAGCCAUGCUGUGGCAGUGUCCCACAUGCGAAAUAGAGGAAGGCUGGCAUAGAUGUUAGCUCAGUGACAAUCUUCCUCACCAAAAAAUAAGAAAUAUAUAUAGAAAAAGGAGUAACACGUCAGCAUUUUGUCAGUAUUUUUCAAAACUGAGCCAUUUUAAGACCGUGUUAUUCCUAAGUAAUGUUCAAAGAAUGAUCAGUAAUCUGGAUAGAUAACUUUCUUCUUGUAUUUUUCUCCUAGGAAAACUUUUAAAAGGCAAACCUACCAAUAACAGUAACAAAUCGAAUGCCAAGAGAGUAUCUUAAAUGUUAGGACAAUAAAUCUAUGUGUCUGGAGUUUAAUUGUGCAAAAACUUGUUAGUUUCUUGGGUUUUAAGCUUUGAAAUAUAUGUCAAGUUAAACUUGGUCACAGCUGUUCUAAGUACUUAAGGAGAGAAAGAAUCUUACUGUUCAUUUUUUAUGUGUGUUUUAUACCUGCAUAUCUGUGCAAAAACACUUUUCCCAAAAUUAUUCAUUAAAGUCCACUUGUUGACCUUUGA